CGAAACGUGCGAUGCACCACCGACUGUGCCUCGGCGUUUGGCAACUUGUUUUAUUGGUCGUUCUGUUUACGUGCCGCCGCCCGCUGCACUCAUUCUAGGAGGACCGUUGGCGAGCAAAAUAAGAAAAAAGCGCAUUACGACGAAGGCGUCUCAAUGCCUCGUGCACAUCAAAAGGUGGAGACGGACAACUCCCUCUUCUCGCGCGUAGUGGAGCGGGGAUGGCUUGCGUUUUUGCUGCUCGGGGUGUUCAUGAUCGGGCUGCGCCUCUACAACGUGCGACAGCGCCGUCAGCAGCAGCAACUGUUGCGGGAAGGUUUAAUGGCUGAAAUGGGCUACCGCGGAAAGGCGAACAAGAAGAAGGACUAG